UUGAUGAAAUCUAUGAAGAACACAUUCACUAUAUGAGCGUGGAGAAAAGCUGUAAAAUGAAAUGCCAUCUACGAGAUUUCUUUGUUUUUAACAGGUUAUCAGCUCAAGUGUUUCGAUUUCGUGGCGUUAAUGUGGCAAUAAACUUGUAGUUUUGCUUUCUUGUUUUAUAAUUAGCUGAACUUGUCCGGUUAGCCAUGUUUACUGAGCUCAACAGUAUCCUUAACACCUCUCCGGAGAGCUUCACACCGGGAGAAUUUAUCCUGCUGUCUGACAGACAGAGUGACGCCUCUUUCCUCAUCCAUCACUUUCUUUCUUUUUAUCUAAAAGCGCGCUGUAAAGUGUGUUUUGUGGCUCUGGUGCAGUCUUUCAGCCACUACCAUGCAGUCAGUCAGAGAUUGGGCGUCAGUUUAACCCAAGCGAAGGAAAAGGGACAGCUGAUUUUUCUGGAGGGUUUGAAGGAGUCGCUGUCUGUUUUCCUCCCCCAGGAGGAAAAUGCAGGACAUCAGGCCAUGAGCUUCCUCAGGGACCCGGCUGCAGGCCUGCGGAGCCUGUACGAGUUCGUUCAGUCCAGUGUGGUUGAAUCCAGUGGUGGUGGGGGGGCGUCGGCAGAGCAGUGGGGGCCUCCUGUGUUGCUGAUGGAUGACGUCAGCGUGCUCCUGAGUCUGGGAGUCCGUGUUGGAGCUGUGUUGGACUUCAGCCACUACUGCAGGACCACAGUCUGUUCCCAGCUGCAGGGCAACGUGGUGAUGCUGGUGCGCUGUGACGGGGAAGCAGAGGAGGACGAUGCAGACGAUGAAGGCUCGGAGCAGCUGAUGAGGGGCCUGACCCACCAGAGCUGCCUCACUCUUCAUGUUCAGGGCCUCCCGACAGGCUACUGCAGAGACAUUCAUGGUCAGGUGGAGUUUUGCUGGAAAAAGAGGCAAAGUGAUGGGCAGCAUGCGCCAAAGAAAGUCUUCCAGUUCAAGGUCCACGACAAAGGAGUCUCCUUUUUUGCUCGUGGGACAUCCCGUGCUGUUCUCUAGAUUCACCAGUCAGCAUCAGAGUUUGUCUUACCUGCUAAAGCUGACCAAACACUUUUUAUAUUUACUGAUGAGAUGUAGGCACUUAAUCUUGUCAGCUGAUGGUUUGAUUAUAAAGAUUUCAAUUACCUCCAGCUUUGACAUUAACUGCAAACUUGUGCUCUUAUCUGUUUUUGGAUGGCUUUUACUUUUUCAUUUUGAAAAUAAAGACAAAGAAAAUACUAAUUAACAAAACAAA